AUGCAAGUCUCACGAGCCAACAUUAAGCAAGCUUCCCACCAGCGCCAGCACCAGAAACGGUCUACGCCCCCAUCGAUCCGCCGCCACGCCGAGCGGUAUUGGCGCGACAAUCGCCGCGACGGCCGCCAGCACCGCCUCGACCUCUUGAAUUCCCAUGAGCUCCUGCAUCACGGGCAGCGAGCCGUGGCAGCGCUCAUCGUCAGCCGGGUUUGCGAGGCCGCGGCGGCGGCAGACGGCGGCGCGGCCCAGGUCCUCGGAGGCCAGCGCUGCCAGCAGCGUGGCGGCGCGCCAGGCCCGGCGACGGCGACGACGGACGCGUCGCUCUGGCGGCUCUGGAUGCGCAGCAGCGGGCUGCGCUCCGAGUGGGUGGCUCGCGACAUGCCGGGUCGGGGUUUCGCGGGGAAUCAAAAACUGAGCUAG